CUAGGCAACACGAGUAGUGGGCCAGGACAUGUUUGCCCAGAUUCAGAGUGCAGAGCUCGGUCUGCAGAGAAGAAGCAAAAAAACUCAAAGAAACUGGAUCUAAUGACACAUAUUCUUAUAUGUUCAUAUAUAUUCACAGAUACUGGUUUAAAUUAAUCUGCCAGCAUGACCACCGUUUCUACAGUGCAGUAUGGCCGGAGGCAGGGGUCGAGCAGGAAAGUUCACUCAGCAGAAGUGCAAACUGGGCCUAGACAACCGAUAGAUCUUCUGCAAGUGACAGUCCUACCCAGAUCAGAAUGGCUGCGUCUCCAGGACAGUCUGAAUCAAGUGAACAAACACAAGGACAGUCUGAUAGAAGCAGCAAAGCAGAGGGAGGCCAUGCACUUGCGCUCCAAAGAGGUGGUGAAAAACUGGACCAACACUAUUGCUGGGCAACGUCAAAAAAAGUUGGAGGCAAAGAAAAUCAGAGAAGAGAUCGAAGAGGAGGAGAGGAAACGCAUUGACAUAGAAGAAGCAAAGUAUCAAGAGCAGAAAAGAAAAGAGGCCAUAGAGAGGGCAAAGACUCAGCAGUAUUAUCAGACAGACAGAGUGAAAGGAUUUCAUAGUGCCCUGUUGCUGACUGAGGUUUUGAAGGAGAGGGAGGCACAGAUUGAGCUGAGACGACGAGAGCAGAAUGCCUCUAAAGAUGUGGAUAAAGAGGUCUUGGCAAUGAUUGCACGCAGAGAGGAGGAAGCUUCACAGAUAGAGGAACAAAAAGCCCUGAAGAAGAAGCAAGAGUGUCUGGCAGUGGCAGAGAGUUUAAAGCAGCAGAUUAAGGAGCAUGAUCACACAAAGGCAUGGGAGAAAAUGGAAGAGAGGAAGGAGGCAGAAGAAAUCCAGCGGCUCAGACAGCUUUUUUUAUGGGAGCAAUCUAUGCAUGAGCAGAACAAGCAAGAAGAGAAGAGAAACAUUAUGAGAGCUCAUCAAAAACACCUGGCUGAUAGGGAUAUCAUCCAAGCACAAGAAGCUCAGAAGCAAGACCAGGAAGAGGAAAAUCGAAGGCUUUUUGCUGAAGCUAAAGAGAAGAUGAUGAAACUCAGAAAAGAGAAAGAAGAAAUGCUGUUUAGAGGGAUGCAGAGACACAGGGAGGCCAUUAUUGAGAGGCUGGCAGCACAGCGUCAAGAACAGACCAGCAAUGAGGAAGAGCUAAUCUCUAAAGCAGUGGCACAAGCUGAGGCCAAGCGGAUUCGGCAGCAGCGUGAGAUGGAUGGGAAGAAAGCAGCUAUGGUGAAGUCCAUUGCUGCACACAGAGAAGCUACGCUACAAGAGAAGGAGCGCAUAGAUCAUGAGGAGAAACAAAAAGCUGCUGAGUCACUUGCUGCAAAAAAGGAAGCUGACAGCAUUUUUCUUGAAAAGCAACAGCUUAAAGAGCAGAAAAUGAAAGAAUAUGCCAAAACACUACAAGAUACCUACGUUCAUCAGAUGGUUGAGAAGCGAGAACUGGGCAAACGCAUUAAAAAAGAAGAUCAGAAGUUUGAAGCCAGCAAUGUAAAACUUAUAGUAGAGGAGGAGAUGCAGUUUCAGCAGUAUGCCAAGCAUGUGAUCCAGACAGCCAAGGCGGCCCAGAGAAACACCUACCCGCUUCACAAGGCUGCCAAAGAGGGCAUCGGUGGAGGACUGGGUCCUGUAUUUGGUGGUGUUAGGCCAAGUUAUCUUGUUCAUGAUGAGUCUGGUGCUCAGAUGCCCAAUUAUGUUAGCGGUACUACUCAAGAUAUAAAGGAGCUUAAUGAGACCAUUGACAUUCAGCAGUCCAAGAAACGUUUGGGAUUUACUUGGUGAUGAUUCUGAGCAAUAUGAUGUUAAAUGUUAUCUGAAGCCAUUGUCCAAAUAAUAAACGAGAAAUUAGCUUUAAAGUUAA